UAUAGAGAGAGAGAGUGCCGAGAGCAGCGAAGCAAUCAUCCUUCUCUCCCUAGGCUCAAGACGAACAAUCCUUGGCUUCUUGAAAGGCUCUCUUUCUUGAGCGUAGUUUCUGAUCUCCAGAAACCCUACGUGUUGAGAAGAUGGGUAAGAGGAAGACAAGGCCAAAGGGAGUUCCCAAGAAGCCCCAGCCUAAGCUGGACGUGAGCUUCACCUGCCCUUUCUGCAACCAUGACAAGAGCAUCGACUGCUCCAUGGACAUGAAACUGAAGACUAGGGAGGCCUACUGCAGGGCCUGCAAAGCAAUCUAUAUCACCUCCAUCAACCAUUUAACAGAGCCCAUCGAUAUAUAUAGUGAAUGGCUCGAUGAAUGCGAACGGGUCAACGGCAGUGAAGAUAACCCGAGAAAGAGGCCUCGCAUUGCUUAAGUUCACAAGAUUUCUAUGUUGUCUCUGAUGGAGCAUUUGUCAAUUAUUGAAACAACCUCGUCUUCUUUUGGUUG